CUUGUCUAUACACACAGAUCAGGGUAUCGUUAUCUGUGGUGGUAAUUGGUGCAGUUGCUGAGCAAAGAUGACUGAGCAUGUUCAGCAUAGCGUGACAAGUCGAACGAGGCUGAUGCAGACGAUAGGUGAAGAGAUGAAGCGAUCUCUCUCCACGGAAGGUGAAAGAGGUGCGAUGAAGUUGAUUGGUUUGAAUAUCCAAUCGAUCCCACCUGAGGCUCUGGAGCUGAUGAGGGAUUCUGUUGAGAGACUGUCGUUGCAAAACAACUCUUUGACGUUGCUUCCACAGUACUUUUCAAGGCUUGAAAAGCUGAGAUACUUGGAUAUUCAUGAGAAUGACUUCACGGUGUUCCCAGAUGUUUUGGCGAAGAUGCCUGAUCUGGAGAUCUUGGACAUAAGUUGCAACAGGUUGAACAGCUUACCCAGUGACAUUGGUAAUCUGUCCAAGCUGAAGGUUUUGUCUUUGAAGAACAAUCAGUUUGAGACCAUACCAUCAUCAAUACUACAAAUGAAAGAUUUGAGGAUAUUAGAAUUGGAGAAUAACCCCUUCAACCAGAACAUCAUGUCUUUUUUGAGCAAGAUACCAUAUAAGCCACAGACAUUGGAAUGGUUACAGGAGAUUAAGAUGUUCUUAAGAACGCAUAGCUCUGCCAUUGUCGAGGAGGAGGAAGAAGAGGAAGAGACUGGUGUUAAACCUGAGGGAAAUCUUGAAAGCCAUACAAUGGAGGAGCAAGGAGAACUUGAUCUUGAUGAUCCAUUGCACCCUAUAGAUAACGUCAAUGUCAAGUCUAGUGACCCAUCAGCUCCUCAGCACAAGCCUCUUGAAAGAUCUAGAAGUAUAUCAGAUACACAUAUCUCUUCUAGGGCUGCAAAGAGAAUGGGGUUCAUCAACGUCAAGAAACCAAUAUCUGAAGAGGACGAUGAGAUUCCAGGAUUGAAGAGAAACAGAUCUCUAUCUGCAAAUGCCUUCUCUCAAAGCUCUAUGAUACAGCCGGUAUUCCAGCAAACUCCAAUUCAUAAUCACAUUUCUCAACAGGGAACGAAUGAUACAGAGACACAUAUUACACCACCGAAAGGUGAGCAACCUUUAAGUAUACGGAUCCCCACGGCUCUCGAACUAGCAUCACCAAUUGCAGCCGAGAAGUUAGAUUCUAUCCCAGAACAUAGAUCUAAUGACUACUUCAAGAGGCUAUCAACUCUACCAGAGACCAGGUCAAACCUCACACAAUUGAAGAUUGUGGACAUUGCAAGAAAGGUUUUAUUCGCCUUUUCUGAAUUCCAAUCAACGAUGAAGAAGAUGAAUACCUUCUGUACAGAUAAACAGUUGAUCAUUGACAUGGUUUCACAGUUAUACUUUUCCAAGAAUCUUAUUGAGCAUCUCGUGGAGAGCUUGGAGAAAUCAGAGGCCAAGAACAAAGAAGGACUUGUCUCAGUGGAUGAGAUUCUCAAGGUUGUUACAGAGACUGUUUCAUCGUUCAAAAAGAUGAUUGAGACUUUAAGCAUGAACUUGACAAGUUAUACGAAGAACACUGACAAUUGUUUCAAAAGAAUGUUGUUACUAUCGUUGUUCAUGUGCUAUUCAGAAAUCCUGAAUGCGUAUAACAUUCUUGCUCCAGAUAUUACAAAGAAAGACAAAGUCACGGCGAGAAACCAACUUCCAAACCUGAGGAUUCCGGAGGCCAACAUGGGCAUCACUCAGCAACAACUGGCAGAGUACAAGGAAGUUGAUGAUAAUCUGUAUGACUCUCUCAAUAAUGUUUUACAGUCUUCCAAUGACAUUUAUGCCGAGUUGAACGAGGCGAUUUCGAAAAGUGCGAUAGCUAAUGCCAAAUCUGAAGACUAUCAACUAUCUGCCACUGCAAUCCAAAGAAUUAAAGAACUCACUGGAACGUGUGUGAGCUCUAUGGACCAGAAUAAGAAGAUCAAGAUCAAACUUGGGAACACCAAGAAUCUUACAAUCCCUGACAAGAAGAAGUUUUACGAUGAACUCAACACUUUCCUCAAAUCCAUUAUAACUAUUUUGGCUUCAACGAAGGCCAUCAUGAACGAAUCACCGAUUUUGAACGAGGUUCGUCCUUCAUUAGCCAGCUUAACCAAAGCAACGAAAGAUGUCACUAUUAUGCUUGAGGUGAGUUCAUAUCGAAUGAUCAACGAUUCCUUUAGUGCUUUGAACAGUGCAGUCCCUCAAUCUACAGCAACAGCACCGAUGAUUUCCUCAAUUCCUUCGGUGAUGUCCAUUCCUCAGAUGAAUACACCAUUUGUUAACAUGCCAAGUGCUUCGACGCCUAUGCAAACAGCUUCUAAUCCAUUUGAAGCUUCUAUGGUUAACAACAUGCAAAGCAUGAGUACUACAGAACAGGAAUAAAUUAGCAAGACUCUUUACACCA